AUGAAACUUGUAACAUGCCCUGCCCUGGAGUGUCUCGUGUGGUUUGUCAGCGAAGAGAAGAAUGGAAGACGUCUAGCCCAGCUCUGUGACACCAAGUUGCCUUCGCCCAUACUUCUGUCCUGCGGUGCCACUGGGGGUGUCUCAGCUCCCCGCCGCACCUCACAACUACCCGAGGGGCGGGUGCGCAAACAACCCCGCGCGCGUAUAAAUGAAGCGUCUUGCGCUCAAGAGGAACUACAGAAGAGCUCCGCUCACCUCGGGAAUACAUCCUCCGUCCUCCAAGGAAUACCAGACCUGACGAUGCUGCACAUUGCCGUGUUCUCUACCGCUUGCCUCAUUCUCGUGGGCUGCAUCAAAGCGUGGCUGAUCCACCAGAUUGGAAUGGAAGAGUUUGUGUCCAUCUCCCAAGAAAACUCAACUGUUGUGGUGCCACCAAAAGUUGCAACUGAAGGUUCACCACAGAACCAAAUGCUAAAAGGUCUGGAGGGCGAGAACUGCCUGAGAUCAUCGGACUGUGCUGAGGGACUCUGCUGCGCCCGUCACUUUUGGUCCAAAAUCUGCAAGCCUGUCCUAAAAGAAGGCCAGGUCUGCACAAAGCACAAGAGGAAAGGCACCCAUGGCUUGGAGAUAUUCCAGCGUUGCGAUUGUGCAGAAGGUCUGGCCUGCAGAACGCAAAGAGACGGCAGCAAGUCAUCACGGAGUCUGCACACUUGCCAGAGACACUGAAUGAAUGUUCGAGGAAUUUUCUUUCAGAAAGCUCCCAGAGAAGCGA